AUGCGAGCGGUGACGCGAAACCCUGAUAGCCCUAAAGCUCAAGCACUCAAGCUGAGAGGCGCUGUGCUAGAAACCGCCGAUUUCAAUGACGGAAACUCUUUGAGACAGGUAGUGGCGGGAUGCAAUUUCAUCUUCGCUAUCACCAAUUUCUGCGUCACUCAGGACGCCGAUCGCGAAUAUCAACAGGGCCGGGCUAUUGCAGAAGUUGUCCUUACCGCCGCUCUGGAGACGCUGGUGGUAUUCAUCUGGAGCAGCCUCCGGAUCCUCGCAAACGGCCAGUUCACUAUCACCAUAUGUACCACUUCAACAGUAAAGCUGAAAUCACAGACUACAUCAAGUCUUCCUCUAUAUCGCAUUUUAUACACAGAGGUAUGGCUGUCGGCUUUCUACCAGAACUAUCUCCACCUGCCUACCGUCUACGGGCUCCAGAAGACAUCCCCGGGCCGGUACUGCCUGAUCUACCCUGUGAACCCAGGCACAAAAAUGCCCUUCACCUGGGUCAGAGACCUUGGUCGUCUCGUGCUGAAGAUUAUGGAGGAUCCGGCCAGAUUCCACGCCAAGACGGUGUCCCUGGUAAGUGAAUUUAUCUCCCCGAUGGAUCAGCUGGGGAUAUGGAAGAAAGAGGUCAGCGUGCAAGCUCAAUUCGAAAGUCUCUCCAAGGAGGCCUACGAGAAGCGACCGAUCGACGUUCAUGGAUGCAAUCCGAAGUUAGCCUUGACCAUGGCGGAGAAUAUGACGAGGUAUGCACAGCAGGAAGAUUGGUCUCUAUACAGGGAAGGCGCCUAG